AUGGGCUUCCGCUACCAGAUGACCUUCAUCGAUGAAGUCGCCGAGCCAACAGCAGAGGUCAUCCGAGCGAAGAGCUGCCCACCAGCGCUGUCAAGUGGUAUGAGCUCCCCUCAUAAGUUUGAGGGUGAAUUUUUGAAGUGGAGCUUCCGCCCCACGCAUGUCCUGGCCCACCGAUUUGGCUGCCUUUUCCUCCUUGCGGGCCUGUCGGGGGUUCUACCAGGUAUCCGACGAGGUCUGGCAGGUGCUCACUCGAAUGGUGGGAUCCUGGCGCCGGCUACGGUGGAGGCGGCGUUACUUCCUUCCGGGGACACUUUGACGGUGAUCCAGGUGGUGCUGUUAGGGUUGGCGGUGACGAAGGCUGCGGUGGAGAGAAAGAUGAAGUUCGCAACAGUGCUGGACCAAGGAGACGAGUCGGAGUUCACGACCGCGACAGAGGAACAGAAGCAACUAUGGCUCCAGUCCGUCGUGAACCAGACGGGGAGCGCUGCAGAAGAGACUGGCGAGGGAGCUGGGCCUUACGCAGACUUCAGCGCCUUCCUGCCGCAUGGGGGGAAGGCUCACAGAAGCCAGAAGUAUCGCACCUACAUCCACACUGCAUUCCGGGCCGACAUCGAGAAGUUCAACAGGCUGUAUGCGGGAGCAUGGCACUUGAGGGAGGGCCUGGACCAGAAAGGCAGAGUUCAGGGGGACACCAAGGGCUGCCGCGACUCAUCAAGAAGCACGCCCCCAAGAGCAGCGCCAGAGCGAGGAAACGAGAUUCAGAUCGAGAGUGCUGCUGAGGACACUGAUGAGUUGUGGCCAAGUGGUGUGACCUCCCCUCAUGAAGUUGACGGUGAAUUUUUGACCACACCCGCCGCCCUGGUCACCCACCCGCCCAGUGUAGUGCAGUGGAGAAAGGCGAGUGAAAUGAGUCGAACCCAGCCGACCGGUGGGGCGCCAAGUGAUGUGAGCUCCCCUCAUGAGGUUGAGGGUGAAUUUUUGACCACGCCCGCCGUGGUCACCCACCCGCCCAGUAUAGUGGAGUGGAGAAAGGUGUCCAAGCUUGAGGAAAGGUCUCAGCAGCUGUCCAUUUUAAGAGGCGCAUGUCAGAAGGGUGCAGAUUGUGGUUUCUGCCAUCUGGCUCAUGAUGCUUGGCGAAACUCAGUUUAUGCCGCCACUGCUGUUUACAAAAGCUUUCACGAGGAAGCUCGCGUUCCUUCCUUCGACAAGCAGCAACGAGACUUCUUGAAGCUCCUUCCGCCGGCGACCUUCUUGGAGAUGAUCUUGCCAUAUGUGCGGAAAACGGUGGAGGAAAGCGAACUUCCUGGAGCUGGUCAAGUGCUUCAGCUGGUGGAGAGUGAAAUUGUCGUCCGAUCGCCAGGGGGUACCACGGUCCAAAGGACUCCACGCAAGAUUCGAUAUGUGUUGGAGCGCAUGAGUCUGGCCAAUUUGGUCAGCUUGACAUGCUCGACCCUUCCUGGCCGUUUUUCGAAGCUCAUGUCAAUUGAGCUGAAGAACUUGUGUGAAACGGCUAAGAUUUUACAGGCCUGA